CAGGGGAGGAGGAGGCCCGGCUGGAUAAAGGUGGAAGCUGAGGCUCUGGCAGUUGUUUGCUCAGCAGGCACAGAGGAGGAUGAUGAGGAUGAUGAAGGCGAAGGGUCUGCUGGGGUUCAGGGCCACCAGGCUGGACAGUGAGCUGAGGAGGGGGGCGCAGAGGCUCGCUGCCGGGGUGGUGGAAGGGCAGAGGGCAUUGCCCCAGGAGGGGGCUGCAGCUGGACCCAGGGACCUGAAGGAGAUGCCCGGACCCAGCACCCUCCGCAACCUGCUGGAGUUCUUCUGGAGGGAUGGAUUCAGCCGCAUCCAUGAGAUCCAGCAAAAUCACAUCCGUGAAUACGGUCGGAUCUUCAAGUCCCACUUCGGCCCGCAGUUUGUGGUGUCCAUCGCCGAUCGUGACAUGAUCGCUCAGGUUCUACGUGCUGAGAGGGAGGCGCCACAGAGAGCCAAUAUGGAGUCCUGGCAGGAAUACAGAGACCUACGGGGGCGAUCUACGGGCCUCAUCUCUGCGGAAGGAAAGAAGUGGCUGGCCAUGAGAAGCAUCUUGCGGCAGAAAAUCCUCCGACCCAGAGACGUCUUUGUAUACUCGGGAGGCGUGAACGAGGUGGUUGGCGAUCUGAUCAAGAGAAUCCAAACCCUCCGCAGCCGCGAGGACGACGGAGAAACCGUGACCAACGUCAACGACCUUUACUUCAAAUAUUCCAUGGAAGCUGUGGCCACCAUACUGUAUGAAUGUCGGCUGGGAUGUCUGCAGAACGAGGUGCCCGAGCAGACGCUGGAGUACAUAGAGGCCCUGGAGCUGAUGUUCAGCAUGUUCAAGACGACCAUGUACGCCGGCGCCAUUCCCAAGUGGCUUCGUCCGUUCAUUCCCAAACCCUGGGAGGAGUUCUGCCGCUCCUGGGACGGGCUCUUCAGAUUCAGUCAGAUCCACGUGGACGAUAGACUGCGGGAGAUUCAGGCUUGUCUGGACCGUGGAGAUGAGGUGAAAGGGGGCCUCUUGACCUCCAUUCUGAUCAGCAAGGAACUGACGCUGGAGGAGCUGUACGCUAAUAUGACGGAGAUGCUCUUGGCGGGUGUCGAUACGACCUCUUUCACAAUGUCCUGGGCCACCUACCUCCUGGCGAAGAACCCUCAGGUACAGCAGAAGGUAUACAAUCAGAUCGUCCAGAAUCUCGGGAAGGACGUGGUUCCCACUGCGGAGGACGUGCCGAAACUUCCUCUAAUCAGAGCUGUUUUGAAGGAGACCCUGAGGUUGUUUCCAGUUUUACCCGGAAAUGGUCGGGUUACCCAGGAUGACUUGGUUUUGGGAGGAUAUUUAAUACCAAAAGGGACUCAGCUGGCGUUGUGUCAUUACUCCACAUCGUACGACCAGGAAUAUUUCACGGCAGGGGAAGACUUCCACCCGGAACGCUGGCUGCGGCACGGACACCUGGACAGAGUAGAAAACUUUGGCUCCAUUCCCUUUGGAUACGGAAUCCGCAGCUGUAUCGGGAAGAGAGUUGCUGAGCUGGAGAUUCAUCUGGCUCUGAUUCAGUUGCUUCAGAAUUUUGAGAUCAGGACUUCACCCAAGUCCCAGACUGUUCUCCCCAAAACACACGGACUUCUGUGCCCUGCGGGGGCCAUUAACGUACGCUUUGUGAACCGCGAGUGAGUGGCGGUGAAUGGCGUUUUCAGAUCUCCGGCAUCUACUGAAGGAACAUUUCAUGGAGACUUCUUUCUCCUUUUUAUGUAGAACUAUUCUAAGGUCCUGUUGGCUUGUGCUGGAUGUUUUGUAAAUGAAGUAGGGGUAGGGGGUCUAGGGGGUAGGUCGUGGGAUACAACGCUCUACCUUGCACCCUUUUUUCCUUGUACUGUAUGAAUAAGAGACGGACUGAAGGAGGAGAGGAAAUUUGCUUGAACACCGCAACCUCCAACUUUAUUGUUUAUCUGGAGGAGCUUCUGAAGGAAGGCUUGUGAGGUCCAAGGGCUCAUUAUUGGCUGGAUAAACUGGGACUUGUGGUUCCUUCACAGUUUUAGGGCCAAAGGCCACUCUAUGCUCUUAAUCUUAACACUGUGCCUUAACACUUUUUUUUUAUUUUUUCUUUCUUUUGAGACCUUCCCAGACUGAAGCUACACCUGGUAGGGUCCCUUCAACGCCAUCUGAUUUGGUGCCUUUUUAUAUUGGUGUUUUUUUAUUUUUAUUUACAUACUGACUCUUUAAAUGUUUUGAGACUUGUACUUUCACCACU